AUGACAGCAGCAGCAGGACGAGCAACAGCAGCACGAGCAGAGUUAGAAGCAGCAGGACCACCAGCAGCAGCAGCAGCAGCAGAGUUAGGAGCAACAACAGCAUCAGCGUUGGGAGGAGCAGCAACAGCAGCAGCAACAACAGCAACAGUAGCAGCAGCAGCAACAGCAACAGCAGCAGUAGCAGCAGCAGUUGUAGUAGCAGCAACAGCAGCAGCAGUAGCAGCAGCAGCAGCAUACUGA